AUGUCAACCUCCCUAGAAUUUCCUAUUCAUUUCCAUGGUUUGAUCAUACAUAGUGAUAAUGGGAGAUGGGAAAGAUCUAUCCGAAAUGAUACCAUCUCAGCUGGAACUGAUACCUUAACUGGAGUCCAAUCAAAAGACGUGGUUAUCUCACACGAAUCCAACGUUUUUGUAAGGCUUUACAUUCCCAAAACACCAAUCCCUAAUCGGAAACUUCCAACUCUGAUUUACUAUCACGGUGGUGCUUUUGUGACCAAAUCCGCUGCUUCACCCACUUACCAUCCGACACUUAACUUGAUAACGACAGAAUCAAACGUGAUUGCUGUGUCGGUAAACUACAGGUUGGCCCCAGAAUAUCCUUUACCAAUUGCAUACGAGGACUCAUGGGAGACAAUUAAGUGGGUGGCUGGUCAUGUUAGAGGAAACGGUCCAGAAUCAUGGCUAAACGACCAUGCUGAUCUUCAGAAUGUGUUCUUAGCUGGAGAUAGUGCUGGGGCUAACAUCGCCCACAAUAUGGCCAUCCGGGUCGGGUUGAACCAUGAGAAAGUUAUUAACAUAGAGGGUGUUGUUAUGCUCCACCCGUAUUUUGGAGGAAAAGAUCCAAUUGGAGCUGAGUCCGAGAAAAAUAAAAAUCAGAAAGAGUUGAUAGAUUUUGCAUGGCUGCAGGCAAACCCAUCAGGGAAUGGAUCAGACGACCUGCAGUUUAAUCCGGGCAUGGAUCCGAAUCUUUCUGCUUUCGGGAGCUCUAAGAUACUUGUGUGUAUUGCUGAGAAGGAUGCACUAAGGGAAAGGGGUCUGAAUUAUAAGAAGGUGAUGGAAACGAGUGGGUGGAAUGGCCAAGUGGAAUUGAUGGAGAGCAAAGGGGAGGGCCAUGUAUUCUUUUUUUCUAAUACUUCAUGUGAAAAUUCUCGUUUCUUACGCAACAGAAUUUCUAACUUUAUAAAUCCGAGCUGA